AUGUCCAAGCUGAACAUCAGGCCCCUCGUUCCAGAUUCCACGCUCAGGAGCAUUCGAGAAGACGAAGAAAUACGCCGACGAGGAGAAGCCGAGCAGCGACACUGCAUACGGACUUCCGACAUGGAGGGCCAGUUCCAGGAUGGCAAGGAGGAGGUCAUCCAAGCAUGGUACAUGGAUGACAGUGAAGAGGACCAGAGGCUUCCUCACCAUCGCGAGCCCAAAGAAUUCAUUCCUCUCAACAAACUUUCAGAGCUAGGAAUAUUAAGCUGGCGCCUAAAUGCUGAUGAUUGGGAGAAUGAUGAGAACCUCAAGAAAAUUCGUGAAGCCAGGGGUUACUCUUACAUGGACAUUUGUGAUGUGUGCCCAGAGAAGUUGCCAAAUUACGAGGCUAAGAUAAAGAAUUUCUUUGAAGAACACUUGCAUACUGAUGAAGAGAUACGUUAUUCUCUUGAGGGUAGCGGCUACUUUGAUGUGAGAGACCAAAAUGAUCAGUGGAUCCGUGUAGCAGUGAAGAAAGGGGGCAUGAUUGUUUUGCCUGCAGGAAUGUAUCACCGCUUUACAUUGGAUACUGACAACUACAUCAAGGCAAUGCGACUCUUUGUGGGCGAGCCUGUCUGGACACCAUACAAUCGUCCCCAUGACCAUCUCCCUGCUAGGAAGGAGUAUGUUGAGAAAAUCAUCAACCGAGGUGGAAACCAAGCCGUCGAAGCUCGUUGA